AUGGAGAUCGAGUGUCCUCUGUGGACUUUCAGACAAAUAACAAAAACCUGGAAGGUGACUGAAAUCAAAGACGGCUCCAAUACUGUCACUAUGAAGAGUGUCCCAGCCUGUAAAGCUCAGACACCCUUGGUGUCAUUUUUCCGCCUGGGCUCUCUGUCAGUGUCUAAAUCUCAGCUGAUCAACACUUUGAUCAACGACCGUCACAACACCUUCUUCCAUAGAAACUGUCCAGGAAGCACCAAGUCUCGAUAUCUGAUAGAUGGUGUGGCAGAGAUUGCCUGCUGUAACAUUAAGGGAAAAAAGGGAAUAUACAUCAUAGGUCUCAAGGACAGAAGCCAGGCAGAUCUUGAAGAAAUAUCCAAAAAUCUGCAGUCUGCAACUUUUGGUUUGGAGCACAUCUUCAGAGAAAUGGGACAGAUCUAUGAAGCUCAUAGAGCAAUAGAAGGAGAGAGCAGACACACUGACUGGUCUAAAUACCCUGAGCUGGCUGCACAGCUGAUGAUAUCAGGACACCCGAUGGAGCUGAUGGAUGGUGAUGCAGGUCACGUGCCUUUAACAUGGAUCUCCAGUCUUUUAGAGGAAGUCAUCAAGAAACUGGGGGACCAGAGAGUUUUUGUGUUGUCAGUUUUGGGCCUACAAAGCAGUGGAAAAUCAACAAUGCUGAACACCAUGUUUGGGUUGCAGUUUGCAGUGAGUGCAGGCAGGUGUACCAAAGGUGCUUUCAUGCAGCUGCUCAAAGUAUCAGAGGAGAUGAAGAAAGAGAAAGACUUGAAGUUUGACUAUCUUCUAGUGGUGGACACUGAAGGACUGCGUGCUCUUGAGCUGGAAGGUAACAUCACUCUUCACCAUGACAACGAACUGGCAACAUUUGUUGUUGGUCUGGGAAACCUGACACUGAUCAACAUCUUUGGAGAGAAUCCAUCUGAGAUGCAGGACAUCCUGCAGAUUGUUGUUCAGGCUUUCAUGAGGAUGAAGAAAGUUAAACUUUCUCCCAGUUGUGUGUUUGUUCACCAGAAUGUUACAGAUGUUGCAGCAGCAGAGAAAAACAUGGAUGGAAAGAGACGGCUGCUAGAAAAACUGGACAAAAUGGCCAAACUAGCAGCUGAAGAGGAAGUUUACAGUGCAGAGUGCUUCAGUGAUGUCAUUGAAUUUGAUGUCCAAAAAGAUGUGAAAUACUGUGCCCAGCUGUGGGAGGGUAGUCCACCCAUGGCUCCUCCUAAUCCAGGAUACAGCGAGAGCAUCCAAGAAGUGAAGAACACCAUCCUCUCUAAAGCUUCAAAGUCUGAUGGGAUCACGCUGUCACAGUUCAGAAAUACAAUUCAAGAUCUGUGGAGUGCCCUCCUCAAUGAAAAUUUUAUUUUCAGUUUUAAAAACACACUUGAAAUUGCAGCAUACAGAAAACUGGAGGACCAAUACGGAAACUGGACCUGGGACCUCAGGAGCAACAUGUUGACCAUUGAAAAUCAGCUUUAUAACAGAAUUGAAAAUGGAAAUCUUAACAAAGUGGAGCUGACCUAUCUCAAAGAAAAUACAAGCAAGACUUGUGAAAAAAUAAAAACAUCAAUGAAAAAGUAUUUUGAGGAGGACAGAGAGAAAGAAUUUUUGGCUCAGUGGAGAGGCCGAUUUGAAAUCAAAAUCAAAGAGUUUCAUGAUGAACAAGUGAGCACAGUGAAAAAAAAACUGGAUGAAGUUAUUCAACAAAAGGAGGCUCGUAAAAAGAUGGAUGAUAAGAAGAAAGAGUUUGAGGACAAGCUGCUACAGAAGAGCAAAGAGCUCGCUCAGCAGCUGAAGGACAAGGCCAAAGAUGAAAAAGAGCUUAAAAAACAGUUCAGCUCUGUUUGGGAGGGCUGGGUCACUGAAUUGACAGCAGAUACUAAACCUGUUAAAGACAUCUACAUGGAAGAAGAUCAGUUUAAAAUCUUUCAAGAACUUGGUUUUGAAGAGAAACUCAUAAAUGAAUGCAAACAAAAUGGCAGUUACAAGAAAAUAUCCAUUGUUGGUGAUUAUUCAGAUUAUGUCAUCCUUCAAAAGAUUAAAGGUCUUGAUGAGACAAGCGAAAGUGAACCAAGUCGAGAUAUUGUAGAGAAUUACCAUCACACAAAACUGAUCUGUGAAAAGAUGAAAGCUUCCACUGUUGAGGCUGUCUGUAACAAGACUGCCAUUGGUCUGGCUGGAAAGAUGAGGUGUAAUUUCCCAGCAUUCAAUGGGAACAGGCUGAACUUGGAGAAACAUGUGCUGAAGUCACUCGCUGAGAAAGAAGACUUUGAGGAUUUCAUCACCUACAUCAGAAAUCCAAGAAGCCAAACAGAAGCUUUUAUAAAAGCAGAAAUCAUUUAG